CGAUCUUACCUUUGUAUCAGUUCCCAAUCCCAAGACGCGCUCACCUAAGGAGACGACUGCUGGAGCCGUGAAUUACAACGCAAUCCAGGUAGGAUGUUAUUUUAUUAGUAAAAGUUAAAUUUACUGAUUGACUGGUAGUUUGUUGACGACGGUCCGGCUUCGUCAAAUGUAUUACGGAACUGUGAAAAUGAUCAGGGCUCCAGAAGUGCCGCAGCUCCUGCCAUGAGAGCUACGCCAAGCCCUAUCAUCGAACAGCCGGUAGAACAUGAUCGUGCCCAAGCUCCAACAUUAAACCGACUUGCAUGCUUUUCGGGUGUUGAUGCCGAUAUCCCCCGGGAAUCCACUCUUCCAGACUCGAUUAAUUCUUCCCAUCUCGAAGAUAACCGGGGGACCGUUGCCAAGAGCCGUGAUUUGGGCUAUGCCUCCGGCAAUUACACGUCUAGCUCCCAUCUCGCCAACACCGAUAACCCGCCAUAUCUUACCUCUAUUAGUGAAACUGAUGAGAUUGGUCUACUGCGCUAUUUCCGCUACAAUCUGGCGCCCUGGAUCGAUGCCGGGGACCCUGAGUGCGGGUUUGAGAUCCAGGCAUUGCUUCUCGCCAAGACCGAACGACCACUGUUGGCCGCAAUACUAGCACUUGCCUCAUCUCAUUGUUCACGGCGGCAAAAAGCUAACGUCAUAAGGGUCAGUGAUACGUUUCAGGAAGAGGCUGAACGUGGUCUAGCCGAGGCGAAUGAUCAGAUCAGGUCAAUGGGGCAAGCUCUCUUGAUGUUGCAAGAUUUCUGCUCCUCUCGUCCGCAUCAAUGGAGGGACUUCCUGCUAUCUCGAAUUCGUACGUAUACUCGUCUAGCCGCCGUCACCACCCCACAAGGUAUGCUCAAUCAGCCAUGGUGGCUGCUCCACUUUCGAAUUGGUACGCAUCCUUACUCCACCUAGUGACCUGACAAGGCUGACACUUGUGCCGAAGAUCUUGCUGCCGGCAUCUUUAGUGCGAAGGCGCCACUGAUGCCCUACUCAUCACAAUUAUUACCCGAUGGCUCAUUCUCACUAGCGCCACAACAGCGACCGGCGAAAUGGGUAUUCCUACGUGCUCUACUUCUUCUAGCGGAUUGUCUAUCUCUCCUCUUCGGUCAAGUUGACUCGUCCUCGAGUUCCGAAAGUGAGAGGACCCUAGCCGUCCAUACCUUACUUCAAACCGAUUUUACCUCACGAUGGACGUCAAUAUGGGCCAACUGCCAAGAAUGGUACCACAAUCGGCACGUGGAGAUGCGGCCGGUCUUGGAUAUUCGGGGCGUGGAGGCCGAUGAAAUUAACUUUGGGAACGGUUCAUCUUUUCCUAUUCUU